AUGGCACACAAGUCCGCAGAAAAAUCAGAGACCAACCAAAAUAAUAAUGACGGCUCUGCAGCCACACCUGUCUUUGAACCGAUACUCUUACAAGACCAUCUUGAUAGACUAUUACCGUUGGUCCUGGGAGCUGAAAUUUCAGAGCUCAAAGAGCUCAAAGCUUUAUUGUGGUCUGCACCGGAGACCUCGGAGAAGUUAAGACGUUUCGCCAAUGACACAAAAAUUAAUGUUAUUUAUAUUACCAAAGAAAGAGAAGACGAUAAAAAAGAAGAAGAUCAAUCCUCAGUCACAUACACCUACUCCAUAACACAAGAAUUCACAUAUCAACAAAACCGCGUCGCGUCAGUUGCACUGAUAAAACUUGUGCCAAGUUUGGAACCAACUCGGCCACUCCAGCCACAAAUACAAUUUAUUAAUUUACCUGGUCCCGCAGCUACGGGAUCAGGAUUAAGUCCUUACGAGACAUUGUAUUCGACCAUCCAUUCGCUUUUCGAUUCCUAUGUAAAUGCUAUAGGUGAAAGCAGAAAUGGGAUAGUAGGCGCUGCUAUUCCAAUGGUAAAGAAGAAAAUCGCCGAAUUGGAAUUAUCCUUGCCACAUCUACAACAAAACAUUGUCCCCAGAAUUUCAUUAAAAAUUCAUCCUGUUGUUCAAAAAGCCGCCAAACAAGAAAACAUAAGGGUCAAUGUUGACAUGAUUGAUCCAGCACAACUCACCGAUUCAAUAUUUCUUAAUAAACUCCAGAAUGAUGUAAAUGGAUGGAUUAAAGAAAUCCAAAAAGUAACUAAAUUGUCACGAGAUCCGUCUAGCG